CGCCCCGAGCCCAGGCGCCUCCCCGCCCCCCUCCCCGCGCUCCGCGGCGGCGGCGGCAACAGUAGCAGCAACAUGGCUGUUGAUGGGUGUUCGGGGUGGCGCUGGCGGCGGGAGGAGCUCCCCCGAGCCCCUGCGCCGGCCGCCCGUUGCUAGCUAUGGCAAACGGUGGCGGCGGCGGCGGCGGCAGCAGCGGCGGCGGCGGCGGCGGCGGCGGAGGCAGCGGUCUUAGAAUGAGCAGCAAUAUCCACGCGAACCAUCUCAGCCUAGACGCGUCCUCCUCCUCUUCCUCCUCCUCCUCUUCUUCUUCUUCCUCCUCCUCUUCCUCCUCGUCCUCGGUCCACGAGCCCAAGAUGGAUGCGCUCAUCAUCCCGGUGACCAUGGAGGUGCCGUGCGACAGCCGGGGCCAACGCAUGUGGUGGGCUUUCCUGGCCUCCUCCAUGGUGACUUUCUUCGGGGGCCUCUUCAUCAUCUUGCUCUGGCGGACGCUCAAGUACCUGUGGACCGUUUGCUGCCACUGCGGGGGCAAGACGAAGGAGGCCCAGAAGAUAAAUAAUGGCUCCAGCCAAGCAGAUGGUACUCUCAAGCCAGUGGAUGAAAAAGAGGAGGUGGUGGCAGCCGAGGUCGGCUGGAUGACGUCUGUGAAGGACUGGGCAGGGGUGAUGAUAUCCGCCCAGACACUGACUGGCAGAGUCCUGGUUGUGUUAGUCUUCGCUCUCAGUAUUGGUGCCCUUGUAAUAUACUUCAUAGACUCAUCAAAGAGCCGCACAGCCAACUCUUUGAUCCCAAUAGAAUCCUGCCAGAAUUUCUACAAAGAUUUCACAUUACAAAUCGACAUGGCUUUCAACGUGUUCUUCCUCCUCUACUUUGGCUUGCGGUUUAUUGCAGCCAACGAUAAGCUGUGGUUCUGGCUGGAAGUGAAUUCUGUAGUAGAUUUCUUCACAGUCCCUCCAGUGUUUGUGUCUGUGUACUUAAACAGAAGUUGGCUUGGCUUGAGAUUUUUAAGAGCUCUCAGACUGAUACAGUUUUCAGAAAUUUUGCAGUUUCUGAAUAUCCUUAAGACAAGUAAUUCAAUCAAGCUGGUGAAUCUGCUCUCCAUAUUUAUCAGCACGUGGUUGACUGCAGCUGGAUUCAUCCACUUGGUGGAGAAUUCAGGGGACCCAUGGGAAAAUUUCCAAAACAACCAGGCACUUACAUACUGGGAAUGUGUCUACUUACUCAUGGUCACAAUGUCUACAGUGGGCUACGGGGAUGUUUACGCGAAAACCACGCUUGGACGCCUCUUCAUGGUCUUCUUCAUCCUCGGGGGACUGGCCAUGUUUGCCAGCUACGUCCCUGAAAUCAUAGAGUUAAUAGGAAACCGCAAGAAAUACGGGGGCUCCUAUAGCGCGGUUAGUGGAAGAAAGCACAUUGUAGUCUGUGGCCACAUCACUCUGGAGAGUGUCUCUAACUUCCUGAAGGAUUUUCUGCACAAGGACCGGGAUGAUGUCAACGUGGAGAUCGUCUUCCUUCACAACAUCUCCCCAAACCUUGAGCUUGAGGCUCUGUUCAAACGACAUUUUACUCAGGUGGAAUUUUAUCAGGGUUCCGUCCUCAAUCCACAUGAUCUUGCCAGAGUCAAGAUAGAGUCAGCAGAUGCGUGCCUGAUCCUUGCCAAUAAGUACUGCGCUGACCCGGAUGCAGAAGAUGCCUCCAACAUCAUGAGAGUGAUCUCCAUAAAGAACUACCACCCGAAAAUCAGGAUCAUAACUCAGAUGCUGCAGUAUCAUAACAAGGCCCAUCUGCUCAACAUCCCCAGCUGGAAUUGGAAAGAGGGUGAUGACGCAAUAUGCCUGGCGGAGCUCAAGUUGGGUUUCAUAGCCCAGAGCUGUCUGGCUCAAGGCCUCUCCACAAUGCUUGCCAACCUCUUCUCUAUGAGGUCAUUCAUAAAGAUUGAGGAAGACACGUGGCAGAAAUACUACUUGGAAGGAGUCUCCAAUGAAAUGUACACAGAAUAUCUCUCCAGUGCCUUCGUGGGUCUGUCCUUCCCUACUGUUUGUGAGCUGUGCUUUGUGAAGCUUAAGCUCCUGAUGAUAGCCAUUGAGUACAAGUCUGCCAACCGGGAGAGCCGAAGCCGAAAGCGAAUAUUAAUUAACCCUGGGAACCACCUUAAGAUCCAAGAAGGUACUUUAGGAUUUUUCAUCGCGAGUGAUGCCAAAGAAGUUAAAAGGGCAUUUUUUUACUGCAAGGCCUGUCAUGAUGACGUCACAGAUCCCAAAAGAAUUAAAAAAUGUGGCUGCAGGCGGCUGAUCUAUUCCAAGAUGUCCAUCUACAAGAGAGUGAGACGGGCAUGUUGUUUUGAUUGCGGACGUUCUGAGCGUGACUGCUCAUGCAUGUCAGGCCGUGUGCGUGGUAACGUGGACACCCUUGAGAGAGCCUUCCCGCUUUCUUCUGUCUCUGUUAAUGAUGGCCCCGCCAGUUUCCGUGCCUUUGAAGAUGAACAGCCACCAACGCUGUCGCCCAAAAAAAAACAACGUAAUGGGGGUAUGAGGAACUCACCCAACUCUUCCCCGAAGCUCAUGAGGCAUGACCCCUUGUUAAUUCCUGGCAAUGAUCAGAUUGACAACAUGGACUCCAAUGUGAAAAAGUACGACUCUACUGGAAUGUUUCAUUGGUGCGCACCCAAGGAGAUUGAGAAAGUCAUCCUGACACGCAGUGAAGCUGCCAUGACUGUCCUGAGUGGCCAUGUUGUAGUCUGCAUCUUUGGGGAUGUCAGCUCCGCCCUGAUCGGCCUCCGGAACCUGGUGAUGCCUCUCCGUGCUAGCAAUUUUCACUACCACGAGCUCAAACACAUCGUGUUUGUAGGCUCCAUCGAGUACCUCAAGCGAGAGUGGGAAACACUGCACAACUUCCCCAAAGUGUCCAUAUUGCCUGGUACACCAUUAAGUCGGGCUGACUUAAGGGCUGUCAACAUCAACCUCUGUGACAUGUGCGUUAUCCUGUCAGCCAAUCAGAAUAAUAUUGAUGAUACUUCGCUUCAGGACAAGGAAUGCAUCUUGGCGUCACUCAACAUCAAAUCUAUGCAGUUUGAUGACAGCAUCGGGGUCUUGCAGGCUAAUUCCCAAGGAUUCACACCUCCUGGAAUGGACAGAUCAUCUCCUGACAACAGCCCAGUGCAUGGAAUGUUGCGCCAGCCUUCCCUCACAACAGGGGUCAACAUCCCCAUCAUCACAGAACUCGCUAAACCGGGCAAGUUGCCUUUGGUAUCAGUCAAUCAGGAAAAAAACAGUGGGACGCACAUUCUAAUGAUAACGGAGUUGGUGAACGAUACUAAUGUUCAGUUUUUGGACCAAGACGAUGAUGAUGACCCUGACACAGAGCUGUACCUCACACAGCCCUUUGCAUGUGGGACAGCGUUUGCUGUCAGCGUCCUGGACUCACUCAUGAGUGCGACAUACUUCAAUGACAAUAUCCUUACCCUGAUCCGGACCCUGGUGACAGGAGGAGCCACGCCAGAGCUUGAGGCUCUGAUUGCUGAGGAGAAUGCACUUCGAGGGGGCUACAGCACUCCCCAGACACUGGCCAACAGGGACCGUUGCCGAGUGGCUCAGUUAGCCCUGUUGGAUGGGCCCUUUGCAGACUUAGGGGAUGGUGGUUGUUAUGGUGAUCUGUUCUGCAAAGCCCUGAAAACGUAUAAUAUGCUUUGCUUUGGAAUUUACCGGCUGAGAGAUGCCCACCUCAGCACCCCAAGCCAGUGUACAAAAAGGUAUGUCAUCACCAAUCCCCCCUACGAGUUCGAGCUCGUCCCGACAGACCUGAUCUUCUGUCUGAUGCAGUUUGACCACAAUGCUGGCCAGUCCCGGGCCAGCCUGUCUCAUUCCUCCCACUCCUCCCAGUCCUCCAGUAAGAAGAGCUCUUCUGUCCACUCCAUCCCGUCUACGGCAAAUCGGCCGAACCGGCCCAAGUCCAGGGAGUCUCGCGACAAACAGAAUGCAACAAGGAUGACUAGAAUGGGCCAAGCAGAAAAGAAAUGGUUUACAGAUGAACCGGAUAAUGCCUAUCCCAGAAACAUUCAAAUCAAGCCCAUGAGUACCCACAUGGCUAACCAGAUCAACCAAUAUAAAUCCACAAGCAGCUUGAUCCCUCCAAUCAGAGAAGUUGAAGAUGAAUGUUGACUCCCAGGAGACCAGAACUAUUUUUUUAAAGCCUGACAAACUUCAUAAAUGGUGACGUGACUUUUCUUCCUCUUCCAUGCCGAAUCACUGGUGGAAACACUAGAGUAAGCAAGAAUUGCAAGAAAAUAAAGUAGACAGAUAUUUCUCUUUGCCUUGAAUAUUGCUUCCAUGUAUUUUGGAAAACAAAAGGAUUUCAUUUAUAAAUGAACAUACUAAAAUAGUCGUGUAUAGCUUCUAGCGUUUUAAAUUAUUUUUAUUUAUUAGAAAGAAAAUAUAUUUUUCUUUUCUUUUCUUUUUUUCAUUGCCAGAUAUCUUCCCAUAUAUCACAGCAAUGUAAAAUCAAAAUGAGUAAGUGGCCAGAUUCCUUAAUGUGUAUUUCUCUCCUUUCUCUCUUUUUCUUUGAGGAGAAUGAUGGUCACCACCCUGAUUUGUAAUUAAGGAAAAUUGAUUACAAAAAGAAUUGGAAGGUAGUCAACAAUGUACACCCAUGUUUUAGCAACUCAAAAGGAAAGCCAAAAGAGCAGAGGUGAAUAUUUGCCUCUCCCCUGGAUGGGUGUAUGUUUUGAUCUGGAUUGACACCAGCUCUUAACAAAUCAAACUUACUUAUCGUCACAGUUGAAAGUCAAUUCUUUAUAAUUUCCAUUUUCAUCCAGCAUUUCUUAUCCUUUGUUCAUAUAUUUAGAGGAAAGAGCUUCUUGCAGCUUUUUCUGCUGUUGUCAGAUCCGGUUUGAAGCAGCCACCUCAAGAUAUGGGGAAGGGUUAUAGGCACACCUAAGAUGCUGAAGUUGUGCACCAAGAGCAGGCUCUGUUUGUUGUUCUCAUGGUGGGGCCUCCUCCAAGCUCUUCUGCUCCCCAUUUUGUACUUCUAAAUCACCCAAGCAAGUUAUGUCAACUGUGGGAGGAUCUGGUGAAUUCUCUUCCCCAUUCAGAGCUAUUAGCCUGGAAGUCUGUGAAUGUCAACGAGGAGUUUUACCUAACACUGGAACCUAACAAGUACUCAUGUUUAGCAUGAAGUAUUUGUUUAGAUGUCAGACAAUGUCCACUGUCAAGGAGAUGACUUUAGCUCAGAUUUUCAUUUGCUGGAUUUCCUUGGUUGAAUUGUUGGGACAAGACAUUCAAACUCGCUAAAAAUAUUUACAAAACCAAUACCAACCAAGAGGAAAGUAAGUCAUGCUCUUAACAUAGACUGUUAGAAAAAGGCCUUUGAAAAUUACCAGCAAUGAAAUACAAUGUAUCAGCCACUUCUGCCUGUGGUCAAAAGAUUUUUCUAGCCAUCAGAUGCAAUUGUCAUGUCUGAGCUCUGCUGUUGCAUGCAUGCCCAGUGUAUAGUCACUCAACAACUGUUUCUUUCCAGUGACUCAGAAAGUCUUUCACCUUCAGAGUGAUCAACCUCUGAUAGGAUCAUCAGAGUCUCUGGAGAAGCAUGGGCGUGACUGUGAUUUUUAUUUCCUUAAAAAUGUAAAUUGUGGACACUUCCUGGAUCUGACAAAAAUAGCCCCUCAAGUCCCAUGGCAUCUCCUCCAUUAACGUUUUAGAUGACCAUGGCUCUGUGGUACCUAGUUACGAUAGUAAAAAUCAGAUCAAAGCAAAGCAAUGUGAUCACCAUGAAAACAUAUGUCCACUGAGGACUCCAAUACCAGUGUAGGCCAAAUGAGCUUCCACCUCUGCCCACUCCCUGCAGAGCCCAUGUAGCUGUGCUUCCUCCUCAUAGGCAUUGUCCUGCAGUGAUGCGUCGGACCGUGGUUACUCUGUUGUCACAUUUUGUAGAAUUAGUUCUAUAAAAGUAUUGUGAAUAUAAUGUGUGUCCAAUUGGAUUGUUAACACAAAAAUAUUUAUAAUCAAUCACUAGUCUACUCAGGCUAAAAUGACGUCAGCAGUCUAUUACAGGCUUACAAACAUUUCUUGGUUUCCAACAGAUCUCAAAUGUGUUGGUGGGGAGAAUCCACUGCCAGGGUAUUGACAGCAUUCCUGAAAAGCUAAGACUUCCUUUAAUAUCAUGAUUUUGCAUUGGGGUUACCUAAGUACAUUCAUGUCAGUCCACGCUCUUCUUUCCUUCUGGAACCAUAGUAGGCUCUUUUUCACAGUCUUUCCUACUAACCCCCUCUAAAUGUGUCUUAGUUCUUUGCUCUCCCAUGACAACCAAUGUUAUUUACCUACAUACAUUUCCAUUAGAAGAAUAGCGGUCUCAACACUCCACUCCAGGAAGCAGAAGCAUAUCUCCAUUCCCAUUUCCCAAGAUAUCUAGAGAUUUAAAUCGAAACUGGUUUCUUAACUACAAUGGCUACAAUGAUAGUUUCCUACAGUAAGAGUUAACCAAGCAGCUUUCGAGACCCAAGAUAACAAAUCUAUUUUCUUCAAAGGUUGAGCAAUAAAGGAAUAACAAAAUCAAGCAUGAUCCUAAGGUGACAUGAAAAAUGACUUGGUGGUGGCACCUUUACCAACAACUCAAGGCCGGCAAUUGAAAUAUAAAUAACAUUUGUUAAAAAUAACUGGAAGGCUCAAGGCAUCUCCCGAAGUUCCCAAUUUGUUUCUAUUUGUUGAGUUCUGAGUCCUCUGAAGGGUAAAAAAACCUGACUUUCCAACCACAUUCACCUUAGGCCAAUGGUUGUCUUCUUUGGAAUAUUCCACAUUAGAAAGCUCUGCUCUCCAGUCCAUGUUUAGGAUUCCAGAAAAGCCACCCUGGCAAAUUAAUGAUGCUUGAGUGUUUUGGGAUUCAGGCCAUUUGUAAACAUCAACUCUCCAUGUCUGAGUACAUCGUUGCCCUCACCAUCCUUCUCAUGGAAGCAAUGUGCUUUUGUUUAAGUCAUUAUAUGUCAGAAGAUCCUCCUUUGCUAUAGCACAUAGAAUGCAUUCACUGAAGGUGUUUUAUGUUUAAGACUGAUUGUGACUAAGUAACCUGGACAAACAGCCUUCCUCCCACAAGUUCUACUUUGAUUUUGUUCCUUUGAUUUUUUUUUUAAAGUGAUGGAAGACUUUAAGCACAGAACUGGAGUAGUAGUGAGUAGGAGUUUCCAUUCAGUUGAAGUGGGGAGUGAAAAAUGUAUGAAAUUCAGGAUAUUUUGAAUGGAAAACCAAAAAUGCCCCAAGUGUGCUUGACUUGAAGGUUCAAGAGCAUCCAGACACAAUUAGCUCUUAACUAUGAAAAUAUUCUUUAAAUCCUCCCAGUCCCAGUGGCUUAUAUCUCUGAGGGUGAUUCCUUGAGAUGACAAAGGUCUCUUUCAGAACUGACUAAGACAAUAAUAACCUUGCCUUAGGCAAGCCUUUGGAGACAAUCUUUUCCAGAGCUGUAAUCAUGGCUCUUCUGGCCAUGUCACCCAUGUAGCCUUUCUGAGCUGAACCCAGCAUCCACUUCCUGCUCUGGACCAUUCCUGUGCUUUUCAGCUUGGAAGCACUUAGAUUUGAGAUGCCAAGGUUUGCAGUCAGCAUCACCUCCAUCACUGAUGAGCUGGUUUGGUUGGUCUAGGUUUCUCUUUACACCCUUGCUCCCCACCUUCCCUGUCUCUUAUUGCAGCACAGUUUUGGCUAGUCUCUUCAUCUCUAGCCCACCUCCAAUAGUAUCUAGAGAGAGUCUGGACACCCCUCCUCUCCUGCUGUUAUUCCCAUUAAUGUCCCCCACAUCUGCUUUCUCAUUUCAUUUCCAGUUUGCUUUGCUUUCAUUAAUACACACUCUUUUACUAUUUCUAUUCAUAAGUUUAAUUGUGACCUGUCAUUUUCAUCAUUGAGGAGAACCUUGUUGAAAGAAACAUAGAAAGAGGUAGAAAAGCUCAAAGGCAAACAGUAUUGACUAAAUGGCAGGGUAUCAUCUUGACUACCAAGAGAUCACACAAAUUCAUGGAACACUGAGUUCCAGCCCCACAUCUGCUCAUUUUUUAUUUUAUUCAUAUUUUCUGCCUUUGGGAGAGUGGUAGUCACUGAUACAGUGGCUCUUCCUACUCAAGGCUCUAUCCAUCAUUUUUCAAAACUUAGAGGAACUGAGAACUUUGAACUUUCCUUCUGUGUUCCUUUUCUGCCCCUGCUGUCUAUCCCAUAUUCUUAACGGGUGUUUUCUAUCAUAAUUUCUCACUUGAAUCCCAUGGUUAGUUGAUACGAGGAGCCCCUUUGGAUUCAAGGAACAGAGGUUUAGAAAGUGAAAGUCACUGAGAGGUCUGAACAGCGAUGGGCUGCAGUGGAUGUGCUCUUUCGGGGUUGAAGCUUUUGAGGUGUUCUGUUCUCUCAGGAAGAGGUAUCCCAGAAAUGUAGACUUUCUAGCUGAGUGGUAAAGUUGUUUAAUCCAAGUUUAUCCUAACUGCUUGUUGCUCAUGCAUUGCUAGCUAUUAAUAAUUCCAAGAUUACUAUUAAAAUACGGCAAUGCAGAGGACAUUUUAAAUUUUAUGUUCCAAUACCCAUGAUAAGAGUGAUUUUAAAAAAUAUUUUUAAAAAGGGAUCUAUGAGGCCAAAGGCUUUUAGCCAUACUCUAGUUAGGAGCUCCCCAAUAUUCCAGUCUCACAUGGCUUUAUGGGGAAAUAAUUCUCAUUUACACUCUUUGUUCUAGACCAUCCUUUUCAACUAUGCUUUUGAGGAUAAAAAUGGGCCUGAAAGGGGGUAACUCAGGGUGUACAUCAAAAAGUUAUAGAGAAGAACAAAAAAGAGAUAGGAGCCCUGGCAAGAGGUCGUACCUAGGAUUGAAAAGAAGAGGUUCCCUUGAACCACAAAUGGGAAGCAUGAUAGGCACCCAAUCUUGGAUGAGCAGUGGAGGCCUGUCCAAUAGAAAAUAUGUGGUUUGACUGGAGGCACAAGGAUCCUGAGGAUUUUUCAAUGAGAAAGAGCUUAAGGGGUUAUAAUGCAUUGAUACCAAGGUGAUUUUGAUAUAUGAACAACUUACCUUCGGUAAUAAGUCUGUGUCCACAAGCUGAGAAAAAACUAUGACAACACUUCAUGGAAAAAGAUAGAAAGUAGGUGGUUGAAGAGCCACAUUAAAAAGUGGGGCAUUUAGAAAGUUGGGGAGAGUCACUGAAAGGUCUGAACGAAGCGUGAUGGGAAGCAGUGACUAUGCCCUUUUGGAGUCGAAGCUUUUGAGAUGGCCAGUUCCUUUUGGGAGGUAUUGCAGAGAUAUAGGCUUUCUAGCAGAAAAUUCUCUCAGUACUGUGAAGUCCUAUGGGUUGCUCUCAACAACAGCUCAUCAAGCAGAACACCUGCCUUCCUGCAUUUUCUCCCUGCUAGGCAUACAACAUCCCUACCUGCAGUCCUCAAUUACAAGCAUCUUAUUUGUAGACCCCCCACAUGGAUUAAA